UCCGUCUGCGGAGCUGCGGAGGUCUCUGUUGCGGAAUUGUGGAGGAUUGUUUCCAGAAACUGCGUCAGGAUGCCUUUAUCCCAUUUUGCCAGUCGACUUCGGAAAGACUUAAGCACUGAAAUGAUUCGAACUAGCAUUGCUCACAGGAAGUCCUUGUCGCAGAAAGAAAACAGACACAAGGUGUAUGAACGAAAUAGGCAUUUCGGCUUGAGAGAUGUCAACAUUCCACUGGAAGGUAGAGAUCUUGUUAAUAUACCUGAGUUGCCUCAAAGCCUCGCUCCAGAAAAGGCCACUACCAAUACGAAGUCAGAGAAAAUGGUUCUGAGUGACCAGCGGAAACAGCUCCUUCAAAAAUACAAAGAAGAAAAACAGCUUCAAAAAUUGAAAGAACAGCGAGAGAAAGCUAAGCGAGGAGUAUUUAAAGUGGGUCUCUACAGACCUGACGCCCCCGGCUUCCUCGUUACAGACAACAGGAGCUUGAAAGCUGAGCCGGAAAAGGCUUUUCCAUACACCGGGCGAAUUACAAGAUCAAAGGCCAAAGAUCAUAUGGAACACACUAAGAUUGAUAGUAGGAACGCCCUUCAAGCAGCACGGUUUGGCCAAAAACAGACUUCUGAGAAGAAAAUACCGUACAAAGAGAAAAAGGCUGUACAGUCUGUGGUGCCGUCAGGGAAGAUGACCGGAGCAGCCGCUACUCAGAGGACAAAGCAGAUGACCGGAGCAGUUCCGUCUGCCACAAGCAAGCCAGUCACAAGAGUUGCUGGGGAGAAUGAAUCUGAAAGAGUGGGGCCAGGUAGAGGAAGACCUGCCAGAAAGGUGGACGCCAAGCCUGACAAGGUCAUUCCCUCUAAAGGUGCUAGUGAAGAAAAUCGUGUGGGUCCACAGAGCAGCGUAACAAGUGGAACGGGUCAGGACAGAGUCUUCCCAGCCAUGGGGAGCUUACCGAGGACAGUCCCUGCAAAAGCGAGGACAGUUCCUGCAAAAGCGAAGCAAAGGAAUUCCUUUGCGCCCGAGCAUUGUGUGUUUCAGCCACCUCGUGGGCUGAAGACCUACCCAGUGGCGCCUACGUGUCAUAGAAGUGACCACGCCCUCCUGACGCCCUGGAGCCCUUUGAAACUAGAUGGCUCUACAAUUCAGGAUUCAGCAAAUGGACUCUUGGUACAAAAGUCUGUAUCGGUGCAGCAAGAAUCAAAUAACUUAGAGCAGGAUUUAGCGUCUCCGGCAGCCUGUGAUGAAGAACAUGUCUUAAACCAAAAGGAAGCGCCUGCUACAAAUUGCAGUUGCCUUGCGGUGGACGGAGCCACAUCCCUGGGAGUAGCUGAAGGGCAGGUGUCUCAGCCACAGCAUGAUGUGCCGUAUUUCAGAACAAUCCUCCAGUCAGAAACUGACAGAUUGACCUCGCACUGCCUGGAGUGGGACAGGAAGCUGGACCUGGACAUUCCUGAUGAUGCUAAAGAUCUUAUUCGCACAACAGUUGGUCAAACAAGACUCCUUAUUAUGGAAAGGUUCAAGCAGUUUGAAGGACUGAUAGAUAACUGUGAAUAUAAACGAGGUGAAAAGGAGACCACCUGUUCAGAUCUGGAUGGAUUUUGGGAUAUGGUUAAUUUUCAGGUCGAUGAUGUAAACCAGAAGUUCAACAACCUGUUCAAACUUGAGGAAGCUGGAUGGAAAAACAAUAAUAAUUCAAGCAAAAAAGUUCUCCGGAAAAAGACUGUGCCUGUUGAAGCAAACAGAACAAAGCAGGAUGAUGCAGGAAGAAUGGCUGCUAGAAACCGCCUCGCUGCCAUAAAGAACGCGAUGAAAGCGAGGCUGAAGCAGGAAGAGCAUGCCCCGGUGGCAGCCGUGGAGACACCAAAGGAAGUUGACAAAAUAGUGUUUGAUGCUGGGUUUUUCAGAAUUGAGAGUCCUGUUAAAUCAUUUUCAGCACUUUCUUCUGAGCGUCGUUCUCAGAGAUGUGGAGCGCUCAUACCUGCCAGCAGAGUCAUGUCUGAGAGCGGGGCUGCAGGGGACCUUCAGAGACAAAGGAGAUCGCUGGAGAAUCCUGACCCUCAGAGCAGCAAACGUGAAGGGGUCAAUAAGACGUUUUCAGACACCCUUGAAAGCAGGUCCAGCAGAGCAGACGACACUUGGUGUCCUGGAGAGCGAGAGUCAAGUGCCCUGGACCAUGCUGUAAAUAAGAUAAAUGUAGAAAUGGAUUGUUUCCCCGCUGAGGUGAUGAAUUUGCCUCUUCCUGCCGGUCGAGUGGCCGGUGACACCAAGCAGAGAGAAGCACGUUCUGAUGUGGAAGGCGUGGAGCUACAGUCUACCUCCCAAGAUGUGCUGAUGAGUGACCCUGAGAAGAGCUCCCCCUCACCAGACGCCUCCCAGGAAGACUCCAGAGUGUCCCAGUCAGAACCAUUACAUAGACAGCUCACUUCUGAACACCAACUUCUUGAUCCACCAGCCCUAAGCAAUGCCAGUCCCUGUAAACAGGUGGAGUCCAGACAGCAAGGUCGUGCCAGACACAUCUCCUUUGGGGGUGACCUCAUCGUCUUCUCGCCUCUGAGACUCCGCAGUCAAGAGCACCAGCAGGGUUUUUAACUUAGAAAUAAUUCCAGACAUUUUUUUUCAUAUCAUUACUUCUCUGACACAUUGUUAAAUUGUUGGAA